CUGUGCUGCUUUCAUCUUGUUUCGUGCGGCCUUUCCUCAUGCACUGUGAAGAGCGUUAUUGCCUCGAUUAAUUUCUUCCACCUCUGACGGGGCAAAUAUUUCAACGUACUGAGUCACCCCCUCCUGACUUUCGUGCCAAUCAAACCCAUAGACUGUAAGCACCUUUUGUAUCAUCGGGCGAAUAGAAGUUCAUCGAAAUAGUCAUUGCAUGAGUCCACAGGUGAAUACGGACGAUGUUCAUCGACCAACAAGGGCUCGGUCCAACACAAGCACCUUCACAUCCCCUUUCGUUUGGCGUCGCGGUAGACCAGAGCCCACCACUGCGACCGUUACACUGACUGCUUCUCCUCUGUCCUUCGAUGCACUAGUCGAAGCUCUCACCCCUCCUGCAGUGCCGUCACUCAAUCAUGCAAGGGCUCUCGCUACGUCUUUGACCACCCAAUCACCGAGGCCCCGUCUUACCAUCUUAACCCCUAUUCUGGCAGUCCUUUGCGCCCCAGAUUCUCCACCUGCGCUGCAAGCUGCAGGUUACGACAUCCUAGCUGCUUAUUGGCACAACAAUGGUUCUGUCGGACUUACUACAGCCGACAGGCUGUCUUGUCUAUCCCUUGUGCUCAACCUUACAUCUCCUUGGCUGCAGGAGGCUUGGGAAUCUCGGUUUAAAGCACUCCUAGCGUUCACCAGUUCAGGUUCAGAUACCGUGGGCAUGGAGGCAGCCUUGUUGAAAGUCUUGCGGACAUGGAUUGAGGGAGCAUUUGGAGGAUUAUUGUUGGAACUCUCUCCUGAAGACAGGUUGGAGAGGCAGCGCAGCGUAGAAACAAUGACAAGCUUCCUGCUCUCGCUGCUAUCUCGAACUGAGUUUGUAGCGCGACUAUCUGAUGAGGAUACUACUGGGAUCCUGCAACUCUAUGGUGGAUUAGUAGAUUCCGCUCUGUCAGCGUCGGAAAUGUUCGACCAGACAGAUGUGGGCAUAUCUCCGCCGAGUUCCAGCUCCUCUACCUCCAGGACACCUGUCAGGCACCAGCGCAAUGCCUCAUCAUCGUCCGCCCCAACGCCGACGAAACGACCGAUUGAUUUCGCUGUCGAACUUUUCCUAAACUAUUUGUCCGUUCGACUUAAAGCAAUCGCCCCAGACCAUUUGAAAACCAUCAUCCCAUACCUCUUCCGCGCACUUGCGUGUUAUUCGUCGGCCUUACCUAAACUGUCCAUAACUUCAAACCCUUCUCAUUCACAAGUCAAUGCUGUUCAGACUAAGAUCACAGAACUCCUCGACUCUGUUGUCUCAGGACCAUAUUCUGCAUCGUGCACGUUAAUCUUGAAAUGCCAUCUAUUUCCUUCAUCCCCGGACAUCAUCACCUCUAUGCGCACCUCUUUGGGUGCCAUCAGAACUCUUCGAAUAUCCAUACGCCACGCACUUCUGACUCGCAUGGCCCGUGUGUACAUCUCCCGUACCAUGUCCGAUACAUACACGCCUUCCGGUGCGCCAGGUCGCAUUGAUAUGGAAAAUGACCUCAUGUCUCGAGCAUGGGCCAAAGACGACUUCGCGGUAUGGAGCAUCAACCGCUUCGCCACCACUUUGUGCAGAGCUGCACACGCAUGGCUCACACUGCGAUACGACGAGAAAAUUGUCGGACAAGCUGCAAUAUCUCCGGAAAUCAUCUUACUUGAAAUCACUGGUAUCGUUUCGGAUGUUACGCAGGGUCUUGAUGAGAUAGCUGACAGCGAUGAGUUGGAUCAAGAGGAAAUUGAGGCCGUCGGUCAGAUCCUGCAAGAACUGGUCACCUAUGUACAUACACACAGAAACGCUGAUGGAUCCACAGUCAUGUUGGAUCUGGCACGUAAAGAAGCCCCAAGUGCUUUCCUUGCUGCAAUAUCAAGUUUGCUCUCUCAGAAUCUCAAGACUACGCCCCUUUACAUCGUGCUUCCCUCCAUAAUACUAUCCGUUGCAGAGCAUGUUACGGAUAGUGACACUGCGCGUGUCGUGAGCACAUUAGCUGAACGACAAAGUCUCACGCCAACAACUCCAGCAUGGUUAGAUCACUGGAGGGCUAUUCUUUCCAUCCCCGGACUGCAUACGUCACAGCGACCACUCACUCGACAUGCAGUUUCAGAAAGUCUGCAAUCAGUAUGGGGGUUCAUCAAGGACAUUCCUACCUACCGAAUGCCUUUAGGAACCCUUGUCUUAGACGUUUGGAGACGAGAAAUCGUGGAGAAAAACGGGGAUUCAAUCAGCAUGAUUUUGUGGCGGAUUCUUGGAGACGAGCUUGUGUUCCGACAUGACCAGGGUGCACUCAAGGACGCCAGUUCCGAAGAUCUUAUAUCUGGAAAUACCGUUGAUGAUAUCCUUGAUCUUCUUGUCGGAAUUGCUACAUUUCCUUAUGGGUCACAAACAAACACCGAGACUGGUUAUCUCUAUAAUACCCCAGAUGCCAUGUCUCCCAUUUCCCCUGGUUCAGGACUGACGGUCACCACCACUGCGACAUCGCCAGUGUCAUCAAGAAUGCAGACUGAUUUACAAGGACUUGUCAACAACGCUGAGACGUCGAUUCCGUCUGUUAUGUCCCUGCUCUCCUCGCUUACGUCGGGCAAUACCUCACGGUCUCAGUCCCGACCUCCACGACCAAUCGAGCAGGCUGCUCGUGCUCCCUCACCGUCAGUUUCUCAGCCUCGUACACCAGUUCCAAUAUCAAUAACGAGGGGUGUAGGAGCAGUGUCCGCUUUGGUAUCUGCUUUUGCACAGCUUGCGUUCACUGGCCUUGCACUGAGGGGAACCAACCGCUCUUUGGCCGAACGUAUAUUUCGCACCCUCGUUAGCGUGAUAACUACGUCUUCUUGCCCGAGAGCCAAGAUUACCGCUCUCCAGUUCCUUAUGCGACUUCGAGUUGAUCGAGAUCACAGACUGUACCAUGCAUCGUCAACAUAUGACGAGAAUGGGCAUGUACACACUCUUGCUGCUCAAAUCUCUCGGGUGGAUGGUCGACAUCUACCGACUGCGCCACGGGUUCAUGAUGAGCCCGAGAUUCGCAUGGCACGAUCUCGAGUGCCACAGGAACGUUACGGGAGGAGGAUGUCUCGCGGACCUGGUACCCAACAUUCCCCACCAGGACCCAGCAGGAGUCGAUCUCGUGCGACGUCGGGGACUCUCCCUGGACUCAAUACCAAAGCUGUAUUGACAGAAAUCUUGUGGUCUUUGCCAGAAAAUCUCCCCUUCUCGAUAUCGCAGGAGGCGGAUACACCAAGCGACGGUCUCAUCUCGUACGAUCCUGCCAAGCCCAAGGACAGGCUUGUACUUCCCUUUUCCUCCUAUCUAGCUGGCGUACUGCAGAUCAUCACAGGAGAGAAAAGUUGGGAGGUUCUAUCAUACGUUCUAUGCCACCUACCAUCACAAAUCGCAAAUAAACAUCUGUUUUGUGGACCUAAAUCCCGGGUGGUGAUAGCUGAGCUUAUCAAUACACUCGCUAGUGCUGUGUUAGAAAACAGGCCCUUCGGCUCAGGGGUCCUGUGGCCAGAAGGGAUCGUACCACGAGAUGCGCACGGACUUGCGUACGCUACCUUGACCGUGCUCAUCAGCUACAAGAGAUGCUUCACAGAGGCGCAAUCCCAACACCGACUGGUGGAGACGUUUCUUGUUGGCCUAAAUGGUCAACCGUCGACAAUCAAAUGUUCACUCCACGCCCUUUGUUUGUCGGCGUUUGAGCUACAGCCAUCCAUUACGAAGUUCUUACCACGGAUUUUGGAGAAGCUUUCUCAAAUCAUGUCCAACCCUGUCAUGGCGGUUCACAUCAUCGACUUCUUGUCCAUCGUCGGUUCACUCCCCGUGCUACACGCCAACUUCACAGAAGCUGACUACAAGAUGGUCUUCGGCGUUGCCUUGCAGUACCUUCAGCAUUACAAUCGCACAGAUGGAUCAAUGACCAACGUCUCGUGGGCGCUUUCUCAGCACGUCCGCAUCAUGUCAUACUACAUUGUGUACUUGUGGUUCUUGGCCAUGCCGCUUCCUGACAGACCUCGUCAUGUAAAAUUCAUCACCCGUCAACUCCUCCUUGCCAACGAAGGCAAGAACGAAGUUGAUGAACCUGCCGAAGUUUGUUUUGACUGGCUUGCACGAUAUACCUACGCUAGCGCGGAUCCCCGACCUGCCAACUCCAUGCUCAGUGAGAUCGUCAUGAAUCCUUCUCGUGCUCAACUAUCUCAGGAAACGGCUAUCUCUCAGAAAACAUGGAUUUCCGGCAACUCAGUGGUUACGAUUCGCACUCUCGAGAGACGCGGCUGGGUAGAAGUUCUCACCCGGCGAGCUUCUGGUCUGACGAAGUUCAUCUGCAGGGCAGAAAAUAUCCCAUUGGUAACGACAGGGGAUGUUGAUCCCGAUAUUCUCGCUCUUCCCGCUGCUUUGACGUUGGAAAGGAGCCCUUCUGAUUUGAAGACUGCCUCCGCUGAGGUGGGCCUGAACGACUCUAACUCAAAAGCCGAUGACGUGGACAAACUUGAUCAUCCUGAUCCAAUUACCGGUUAUGUCUGGUCUGGUUCGGCUCCUUCGCAACGACGAAAGGAUGUCUCCGUUGAUCCCAGCUACUUCGCACUUCAACUUUCAUCCUAUCCGGACACUCGACAAGUUGUCGCUGAUCAUUUCCUCAUUGAUCCAGCAAGAUUACCUAUGUUCUUCCGGACUCUGGAUCGUAUCCCUGUAAUCGACACCCACAAGGUGGGUAUCAUGUACGUCGCUCCGGGGCAAACAAACGAGACACAAAUUCUGAAUAAUACUCACGGCUCUCCGGCAUACACACGUUUCCUCGAAGGGUUAGGACGACUAAUCAAUCUUCGUGGCCAGUUGGAUGUCUAUGCUGGCGGACUAGACCCUGACGAAGAUGGCGAAUAUGCCUACGCGUGGUGGGAUGAUAUCGGACAACUUCUCUUCCACACAGCCACUCUAAUGCCUUCUGACGAUCUUGAACAUGCUACCAACAAGAAACGGCACAUAGGUAACGACUACGUGCGAAUCGUUUGGAACGAUUCCGGUGCUCCUUACAAGUUCGGCACACUCUCCACGCAAUUCCAAUUCGUGAACAUCGUAAUUGAACCCCAUUCGCGAGGAGCUAUUGCAGCGUUUUCAAAUAACGUGCAUGAGAAUGAAUAUUUCAAAGUGACGUUACAGCGUGCCCCAGGCAUGACCGAAUUCUCUCCAAUCGGGGACUUCAAGCUCAUCUCAGCAGAAAACCUUCCCCUUCUCGUCCGCCAACUGAGCUUGUUGACGGAUUGGUUUGUCUCUGUCUUCCAACAUACGCAGCAAGAUACUUUACGUGUAGAGAUGACGACAAACUGGCGAUCCAGGCUUCAAGCCAUCAGACGGUUCCGCUCACAAGUCGAAGCACCCAAAAGUACUGAGAGUGUUGGGGGUGUUGUUGGACAAGAGGCGUAUAGGGACUUCACGAACAAUUAUUGAAUGGCAUUAUUUGUAUGUACAUUACAUCGGGGAACAUCUAGUCGGAUAUCCAAUAUACAAGUAGUAAAAUACACAGGUGAACAUCCUCUGUAUGAUGCAAAUAACUGGAUAUCAAGUAAGGUCGAUGACAUCGGUGGUAGAUGGUAUUGGUCUAUCCUUAGCCUUUUGCUUUUCGCUUGGCUUGGCCGUCUUUCGUGCUCGCGGCCCUAGCGAUCGGAUUGGUGGUUGUUUGCUCACAAGUGAACUUGGACCGUCAGAGUCACUGGAAAUCUCGAUAAUCUCGGCAUGGUAUUUGAUUCCAGUGACCUUGGGUUUGGGCAUCCGUGGCAAAACAGGUAAAGCGGUUGGGCGAUAUGGCGACGGUGAAGAUGGACGUGGCUGACCCUCCUCGUCUGCGCUAGAGUAGGAAACGUGACGAGUCGAAUGUGGUGACCUUCGUGCGUGUGAUUUACGAGGAGAUUUUUGUGUAGCAGCAGUAUAGACAUCGGGUUCGGAGGAAUCCGAAGGCCUCUGUCGUCGAGGUGAGGAGUCUGGAAGUGUAGGUCGAAUAUUCAAGUCCGACUUAGUAGUUUCUUGUCUCUCCGUUGCAGGCGGAUCAAAGGGCAUUGGGAAAGGACGCGCUUGAGCUCUCUCCAAAACAGGCUGAGAUUGACUCCUCGACUUGUCCUCGAUGGAAUUCUGAUUAAAUAACGAAAGUACACUGUUGCUCUUCGAUCUUAUAGGAGGCGGUUGAGACCGUGACGAUUUUGACUUGUUGGUUUGUGCACCUUUGCUUAAUAAGCUUCCGAAAACAUCUGUGUCCUCAUCUGUGCCCUCAGAAAUGAAGGGAUUU